CUGCCUUGUGUCCGCGACGCCUCGCGACGCCUCGCGACGCCGGCCCUGUUCACGACGACGCCCCGGCGCCUCGACGCCCGACAACGCCCCCGCCGCGCCGCGCGAGACGCACGCCCGCGCAACCCCGCGCAAGCCUCGUCUCGUCGACUUGGCCGGCCGGUGUCUGGAUACAGUGUGUGUUGUGAGUGUUGACACGAGUGCGGGCCAGCGCCGCCCAGUGCAAGCAGCGCAAGCAGUGCAACACUGUCAGUGCAGAGGGAUCAGUGCGACAAUCAGUGCGACUGUCAGUGCCACCACAGCGCAAGCCAGUGUCACGUUGCCAGUGUACAAACAGUGCGACCGGGACGCCGCGACGCCGCCCGGCGUGUGCACCAACACCCCGCCACCCACGGAUCCAAGCGCACCGCGCAGCCAAAGGAGCGCAGACGCCGAGCCAAAGCAAGGAAGGAGGCGGGGACCGCGAACCGCGACGCUGGCGACGACAAAGGACCGGCAGCGACGUCGGGUCAACGCACUCGCCCCUAAGUGAAGGAUCGGCUGGCCCGUGGCACCACAUCGCGCCCACCCCGCCGGACGCGCGGCCCCGUUGCUGCCCCGCGGAGCGGAACGCCGACUGACAGACCGACAGACAGGAACGAGCAGCCGGACGGACAGACACACGGCGCUGACGGACCGCGAGGGCGCGGGCCGUUUGAAAAGCAAUAAUUAGUUGGUGUCUAUCGGGGCGCUGGCGCUGAGCUGGCGCGGCCCUGACGGCAUGUCGGGGCCCCCACGAUCGCCUCCACGCCCGCUGGGGCUGGACAUGGCCUCGGACGCGGCCUCGGACACCGACAACGCGCUCCUCUAAGCGGCGGCCAUGCACGGCGCGCUACGGCGGUGGCUGGCGGCCGUGGCGCUGGCGCACUGCCUGUCGCUGUCGCUGGCCUGCCCGUCGUCGUGCGAGUGCAAGUGGAAGAACGGCAAGCAGACGGCGCUGUGCGUCAACAAGGACCUGCGCGACGUGCCCCAGGCCGUGGACCCCGGCACGCAGGUGCUGGACCUGUCCAGCAACGCCAUCCGCGCGCUGUCCCGCGAGCGCUUCCAGAGCCUGGACCUGGUGAACCUGCAGCGCAUCUACCUGCCGCGCAACGGGCUGACGGAGAUCGCGGACAAGGCGUUCCACGGCCUCACCAACCUGGUGGAGCUGGACCUGUCGCACAACAACCUGACCGCCGUGCCCACGCACGCCUUCAAGGACUUCCCGCUGCUCAUGCGGCUCUCGCUGAGCAGCAACCCGAUCCGCAGCGUGGCGGCCGGCGCCUUCGUGCCACUGUCCUACCUCAUCAACCUGGAGCUCAGCGCCUGCGCCAUCGAGACCGUCAUGGACGACGCGUUCGCCGGGCUGGUGCAGCUCGAGUGGCUCAAGCUGGACGGCAACCGCAUCAAGGGCAUGCACGGCAGCAACAUCCUGCCCAAGACGCUGCACGGCGUCGACAUCCACAACAACCCCUGGGAGUGCGACUGCGGCAUGGUGGACCUGCGGCGCUGGGUCGCCAACUACCGCCACCCGCUGGCGCAGGAGCCCGUGUGCCGAGGGCCGGCCAGGCUGCGCGGCCGGCCGGUGCGCGAGCUGGCCGAGGCGGACCUGGCCUGCCUGCCGGAGGUGUUCCCCACCACGCUGUACCUGGAGAUCUCCGAGGGGAAGAACAUCUCGCUGCAGUGCAAGGUGAACGCAACGCCCGAGGCCAAGGUGUCGUGGUACUUCCAGGGCAACGUGCUGCAGAACGACACCGUGGUGGCGCCCGGCGUGCGCCUGCUGUACUUCGUCGAGGACGGUGGCACGUUGCAGAAGAAGAGCGAGCUGUUCAUCUACAACACCAACACGGAGGACAACGGCACGUUCGUGUGCCAGGCGGAGAACGCGGCGGGCAGCAUGCACGCCAACUACACCAUCCGCGUGAUGGUGCGCGAGGACCCCAAGCCGCAGGCCACCGCCUUCCCCAUGGAGUACGUGAUCGCGGGCGCCGCGGUGCUGGUGGUGGUGGCCGUGCUGGUGUGCGUGUCCGUGACGGCCUGCAUCAUCUCGUGCAGGAAGCGGCGGCGGAAGCGGCGGAAGGCGGAGACCGGCAAGGCGGUGGCGCUGCACCAGAGCCAGACCGGCCAGAAGGAGGCGGCCGAGUGCAUCGCCGUGUCCACGGCCGGCGCCAAGAUGAACGGCACCGUGUUCAUCAGCGACCGCCAGGACUACGGGCACGCCGACUACGAGCAGAACCCCGACCUCAUCAACGACGCGGAGAGCGUGGGCAAGGACAGGCGCCUCAAGGGCGGCGACGAGUCGGGGAGCUACCAGGAGGGCAGCGCCAUCGACGACCUGCCCGCCAACGCCGCGCAGCCGCAGCAGCCCGUGUGGAACGCGUACGCCGUGGCGGGGCCCAUGUCGGUGCCCAUGUCCGGACCCAUGUCCGUACCGGUGUCCGGCGCCGUCGACAUGUACCACACGCAACCGCUGUCCGCCGACGUGCACCUGUCCGCUGGCCGCUUCCUGGACGGCGACGGCUACCCGCUGGACUACGGGCUGCCCAAGAUGCCGCUGCCGCACCCGGGCAUGUCGGUGCACCAGCCCAUGGGGGCCAUGGCGGGCGUGCCCGUGGCCAACAUGUACCGCACGCUGCCGCACAAGCCGCGCGCGCUCCACGCCGGCGUGGCUGUCCGCCGCUACUCGCGCGAGGCCGAGUUCCUGUCUCGGCCGUCGCCGUCCUCGUACGACCCGUUCCUGCCGCCCGACGUGCGGUACACUGUGGACGGCUACCCCACCACGGCCGCGCCCGUGCCCGUGUCGCCCGGCGCCACGCUGUACCCGGCGGGCACGCCGUCGACGGUGCCCGAGGACGGCAUCCUGCCGUCGCCGCCGUCAGCCUACAAGACCGACGCGGCGCUUCCGUCCCCGUUCCCGUCGUCGGCGACGGCCUCGUGCUGCAUGAAAUUUUUGAGUUGA